GAACUCCUCGCAGGGAAGGUAACGGUGGUCGAGAUGAUUUGCGCGUCCGCGUGCGUGACGUCGAUGGUGCGCUUCACUUCGGAGAAGCGUUGUCGGUACGAGAGAACUUUCGAUAUGGAAACGGGCAGCAACGCACGCCGCAUGGCUGCGCGUGACACAGCGACGUCCUUCCCGGUGCCUUGGGCGGACAUGCUGGCGCAGCUGAGCGCCGUGGACGAGGCAGCGUCGGAGGAGACGUCCCCGGACCUGCCGUGCGCCGGCGCUGAACUGGCGGGGAUCGUGUCCGUGAUUUUGAAGUCAGGGGGUGACUACGACGCGGCCGUGAGGACGGCGAACUUCGUGCAACAGACUCUGGUUCGUCGGGGGGUGGUCGCGAGGCUCGCUGUGGAGGCGCAGCUGCACGGCCAUCGAGCUUAUAAGCAAUGCAGCUUCCAGAGCAUGACAG